AUGGCCACCACCGCUGCUACCACGGCGACGUUCCACCCGUUUCCGGACCUUCCCGCCGAGCUCCGAACUCGAAUCUGGGAGCUGACCGUCGAGCCCCGCGUCGUCGACGUGCGCGUGGUCUGGCACCAGCCAAAUCCCACCAACGUGGAGGGAUCCGAGCCAGGACUGCGUACGACGGACUGGACCGUCAAGCGUCCGCCGCCGCUACGCCACCUGCGCUCGUCUACCCCGACCCCGGCCCAGCUGCGGACUUGCCGCGAGGCCCGCGAGCACCUGACUACAUGCCCUGAUACCAAAUACCGGUACGACAAGGCCUUUUCAGACAUCACCACGACACCCUACGACGGGUUCGACCCCGUGCCCGAGGGUGACCCGGAGCGGGAGCGCUACGUCUGGUUCAACUUCGAUCGCGACAUGCUCUCCGUCGGAGACACGGACCUGAGUGACUUCCGGGCUGUUGCCCGCCAUAUCCGCCGGCUGCGGCUUAGGCGAGCCCUCUCGGACGAGUACUUUUCCCGCACCGAAUCGCUGUUGAUCGGCAGACUAUUUAAGAACGUUGCCGAGCUUCAUUUCAUCUGUUUAGACGGCAUCAGGUCCGGCUACUCGGUGACUGAAGAUAUGGAUCUUCCCUGCGGGCCCGAGAGCGUGUAUUUUAUUGACCUGGAAGAAAUUGGCGGGACCAUGAUGAACAGCGUCGAUCUGGAUACUAUGUACAUCAAGGAGUGUGAGGAGCUUUAUGGGUCGGAAGAAGAAGACUGA